GCCGCAGGCUGGAGCUCCGGGGACUGGGAGGGGUUUGGAGCAGCGGCUGCAAAGCAGGGCUCGCGCUGCGUGUUUUCACUGCCGCCGCCGCCGCAGCAGCUCCGCCGGAGAGAAGGUGGGACUCGCUCUCCUGCCUCCGUGGGUCGGGACUCCGCUCGCCAGUUGUUCUCUUUCCUGUAUCCCAUUGAAGACAAGAGCAGGAGAAGGAGGAAGACGUCCCUGUGGAGAACUAAGAGGUCUCAUUUGUGCUCCAACUUUUACUCACUCUGAGAGAGACCUGCUGAGCCGGGAAGAUGCGUGAGUACACGGAAAAGAAGGAGACGUGCGGCACUAUCUGCCUCAAAUACCUGCUCUUCAUCUUUAACUUCUUCUUCUGGUUGGCAGGUGGGGCGGUGAUGGCGGUAGGUAUCUGGACUCUGGCUGAGAAGAGCGACUACAUCAGUCUCCUGUCCUCCAACACGUAUAUGGCGACUGCCUACAUCCUGGUGGUGGCGGGGAUCGUCGUCAUGAUUACUGGCAUCCUCGGGUGCUGCGCCACUUUCAAAGAGCGGCGGAAUCUGCUGAGAGUGUACUUCAUAUUGCUGCUGUGUAUUUUCCUGCUUGAGAUCAUUGCUGGAAUCCUGGCCUAUAUCUACUACCAACAGCUGAGUAUGGAGCUGAAGCAAAACCUGAAGGAGACCAUGACCCAGAAGUAUCGGAAGGAGGGCGAGGAGGGCGUGACCAGCGCAGUGGACAAAUUGCAGCAGGAGUUCAAGUGCUGCGGCAGCAAUAAUGCUUCAGACUGGAGUGAGAGCAUCUGGAUCAAAUCCGCGGAGGCCGGAGGCCGGAAAUUCCCAGACAGCUGUUGUAAGACGAUAACAGAGGGGUGUGGCCGGAGAGACCAUCCUUCCAACAUCUACAAGGAGGGUGGCUGCAUCACUAAAUUGGAAAACUUCAUCCAGGAACACCUGAAAAUUAUUGGAGCGGUGGGGAUUGGCAUUGCUUGUGUUCAGAUCUUUGGAAUGAUCUUCACCUGCUGCUUGUACAAGAGUUUAAAGUCAGAACCAUACUAGGAGCACCAGGAAAUCCAUCAGCUCCCCCUCUACCACUACCCUCAAUGUCUGUCCACCCCACCAGCUUCUAUCCAACAGCAAAGAAACAUCAGUAUCUCGAGGACUUGCCUUCCUUAUGAGGUGACUCUUGGAUCAUCCAGCACCUACCCUGCCUCUGCCAGAGAAGGCCACCCUCCUUGAGGUGGCACAGGACGGCCAGGAGUUCAGGGGGUUCCCUGUGUGUUCUAGAGCAAUUGAACUGCAGAUUUCACUCUGCUAGAAGCUUUAACAAACCAGGCCCAUGUUGCAACCUCAGAGAGAAAUCAUCCAAGUCCAUUGGGGCCCAGCUGUUGAGGAAUUGGGAUUCCACACAAGAACAAUGGUUUGCUCUGGCUGAUAGAUCACUCAGCAGCCUGUGCACCAACCAUGAGGACGGAUGAUGUCUCUGUGCUGGGUGGGAGCCCACAUCAAUUCUCACAUCCAGAAAGUUCCCCUUGGGCCAUGCCCAUGGCCUAACAGAGCUAUAUUCCAUCUCUACCUGCUUUUGUCAGUUGCUGCCAUCACCUCUCUCCAUCUCCCCAGCAGGAGGGUGACCUGCCAGAACUCUGAUCUUGCCUGAGGUGUGGCCGGCUGGGAUUACCUUGCCCCUUCUUCCUCAGAGCCUCCAUCCCACGUAGAGCCCAUUGGGGGAACAGGGGAUCUUUGCCUUCAGUGACUGGAGAGAGUGUGUUCAAUCAUUUUCUGAUUCUCUGCGAUUUAUAUUUUAUAUAGUGGCUUCCAGUGUAAAUAGGAAAAAUUAACUUGUCUCCUCUUGUGCUCCCUAUCUGACAGGCCCUACAGUGGGCCAUGAGGGGAAUGUGUUGUACCUUGCUGCAUAUGGGUAUUUAAAUCCUUUACCCUUUCAGUUGCCGGAAUGGCCUACUGAAACACCACUCCCCAGAGAAACCCUCUUAUGUGACGAGAUACUCCCCAGCUGUAUGGAUUAAUUCCUGCCCAAGAGAGACAGGUGUGGAUGCUGCAAAGGAAAUGCACUAAGGGUUUUGUACAGGCCUCCCUGGAUCUCAUUAAUCAGUUAUACUCUAAUUAAAUCUAUAACCCUGCUUUCUCAUUCCUCUCACCCAAUAGCCUGCAGGAUCAGCUUCAUCUGACUGCAAAACAGACUUGGUAAAUUGGUAGUACCAGGGGAUGCUAGUUAACUGUCUGGUUAGUGUAAAUGUAUCAUGGCUUCACUAGAAUCCAUGGCACUUUUCAGGGGAAAAGACGUCUGUUGCCAACAUAGUCUUUCCCUAUGGCUAUGAACCAUGAUGCCAACUGGGUCCUAGCUUGAAUUACUGGCAGCUGCUGUGCUGCCCAGGGAUAUUACUUUGAAUCGCCGGUGUUCCAUCGGUGCUUCCAAAGGAUAGACCCGGCACUCGGGCACCUGGCAGGCUUUGCCCACACAAGUCAGUGCAGCUGUGAAAUUUACAUAGCGCCUUUAGAAACGCAUGGGUGAAAAUUGGGUCCUCGAAUGCCCUAACUGGUAAUUAGCUCUGAAGUGAAACUAAAUCAGGAUUGAAUGCCUUUCUAAAAAAAAAUGCGCUCAAGCUCAACCAUCAGAGAUAAGUUUGAUGCAGGAGUGUUUCCCAUCAUAAGCACGGUCCGUAACCCCCUUCCAUCCCAGGAAUUCACUAUAUGAACCUAGCACAGCAUCCUAUGCAUGGUGACCCCUACUCCAAAGGAUUUACUACACCACCCAGCACAGCAACAGAUUCACUGCAUUCCCUGGAGUUGGAUCCUAGAUGCUCUGAAUAAGUUUUACUUCAUAAAGAUCUCUGUGGUCCUGGUGCUAGAGGGGAGAAAUCACAAGCUACUAAGGCAUGUAAUUUAUCCCUGAUGAUCAGCAACUGCAAAUCCCAUCCCCCAAACUGGUUAUUCCCCUCUCAGUCCCUUCAGAAGUUGGCCAGGAACAGCAGAUCCAGGGUGAAGUGGAAAAAGAGUGAAGUGAAAGCACAUGUUGGGUUCUGCAGAAAAGUGAAUAACAGGGCUGUGUGGAUUGGCCUUGGAAGUCCCAGCCUAAGAGUGUCCGUGGAUCCUUGGAGAGACUUCCUCUGUCAGUAAGAGUGAACAGAGGUGGAGUGUGGGUUGGGAAAGUGCAUUCACUGCAGGAGACAGUGUAAACUGAGUGUCUUAUUCCCUUCCUUGGCCUUUUGUUAUGGAGUUUGUUGUGACUCUGGGCACAUUCUGAGCCCGGCAGCCAGACAGUUAACAGUUGUGGAAUCUCCCACAGGGCCUGCUUUGCUCCAUGUACAAGAAGCCUCCCGGUAAGAGGUUUAAAAGGCGUGGGGAAAAAAAUAUCAGGGCAGGUGAAACUGGGAAUCCCCAAUGCAGUAGCAACACGAAAUAAUUCUAGAUGCUAACAAAGAGCAUGGGGGAGGGGUAUUUUUGCCCCUGGGGUGGUGGAAGGGGGGAAGAGAACCUAAAUUAUUACAAACACUCUAAAGGAUAAAACUCUAAAUUAAUUGCUCGUUUAACAUUUCAGUUCCUGAGAAGUUGACUGUUAACAAAAAGGAAAAUACUGAGCACGUUGCUUGAAGCAGUAGUUCUAGUUACUUAAGUGUGUAUUGCUAGUUGUCUAUACCCACUCCCUGGAAGGCAUACUGUCCAGAGGGAGGGAGUGACCAGGUUUUUGUCUGCUGAGCUGUUUUAUAUUCCCCCAUGUAAUAUUCAUGGGUUUGUGUUUUUUUUAUAACUCAGUUUAAGUUGCUAGUCAAUAAACAAUAAAGCUAAAGCCUCUCUACUU